UAACUCCUAUAUUUCCUUUCAUUAUUUUCACACACAUUUAGACUUCUCAAUUACCAUGUUCGUUCGUUUGUUUUGGGUUGUAUUUCUUUUCACCGUCCCAGUUUUAUGUGGGGACGGCUAUUACAAGUUGGAUUUUGCAAUCAGAAAAGGGUCCAAGUUGACCGAUGUUGUGAAGAACUUUAUGGAAGAAUUAGAUUCUUCCUUCACCAAGAGAGACGGUAAUGGGACUUUGCUUGACUUGGAGAAUGAGAGUGCCUUUUAUAUCGCAUCGUUAAGCAUUGGUACUCCAGCCAGUGAAGUUAAAGUAUUAGUGGAUACUGGAUCUGCCGACUUAUGGGUCAUGUCAAGUAAGAACUCCUACUGCUCUUCGAAUGGUGGUAGCAUGGAUUGUUCUACUUAUGGUACUUAUAGUGAAGAUAACUCAACAACUUUUGAAAGCAACAAUUCCGAUUUCUCGAUCUCGUAUUUGGAUCAGACUUUUGCUAAAGGUACUUGGGGACAAGACACCGUUGAACUUACAGAUGACUUGGUCAUUGAAGGUGCCAACUUUGCUGUAGCAGAUAGCACCGACUCCAAUGUAGGAGUUUUGGGUAUUGCCUACACCCAAUUGGAAAGUGCUGAUACAGUUUAUGACAACUUGCCAGUGCAAAUGAAACAACAAGGAUUCAUCAAGAAAGUUGCGUAUUCGAUGUAUUUGACAUCAGCUGAAAGAAACACGGGAUCAGUUCUUUUUGGUGCCAUCGACCACGCUAAGUAUACCGGCGAUUUGGUGUCUUUUGACGUUGUUCCUAAAAAUGGUCAGAAUGUUUACUUGCAAAUUACCUUGUCAAAUAUCCAGGUGACUUUGGUUUCUAAUAGUACGGAGUCUUCGUCGGUGGUUCCAACCACUUUGGCCUCGCUGGUGACUUCUUCUACCCUGCCUCACCCAACCAUCGCUGCUGUGUUAAAGAAGAGAGAGGCAACCAUCGAUACCCAGGACGUUGACGCUUUAUUUGACUCCGGAACUACAUUGACCUACUUCAGUCAAGAUGUUCUUGAUCUGAUUCUAGCUGCAAUUGAUCCAUCUGCUGAAUACAAUAGCAAUAUUGGUGGUUACCAAGUUCCUUGUUCGUUGAGACAAGAAGGCAACAAAUUUACCUAUAAUUUCGAUGGAAAAAGAGAAAUUGAUGUACCUCUUUCUGACAUGGUGAUGGAAGUUGGCCAGAACGGUACUACAGGCCAAAUUAUUUGUAUGUUGGGAAUUGUUUCUGGAGACACCACUAUUUUGGGAGACAAUUUCAUGAGACACUGUUAUUCGGUUUUCGAUUUGGAAGAUAACACCGUUUCUAUUGCCCAAAUGAAUUAUGAUGAUAUCAAUGAGGACAUUGAAAUCAUUCAAUAAGCUCUAUGUAGUUAAUGAAGUAUAAAAAAAUAUUGGCUG